AUCUGGAAAGUAGAAAAAGGACCAGAUGGAAAAGCCAUUGUAGAAUUUUUGUCCAAUCUUGCUCGCCAUACCAAAGCAGUAAAUGUUGUUCGGUUUUCUCCUAAUGGUGAAAUCUUAGCAUCUGGGGGAGAUGAUGCUGCCAUUUUGUUGUGGAAAGUUAAUGAUAACAAGGAGCCAGAACAAAUUGCAUUUCAGGAUGAGGAUGAGGCACAACUGAAUAAGGAGAAUUGGGCUGUCAUUAAAACAUUAAGAGGGCACUUAGAAGAUGUGUAUGAUAUUUGCUGGAUGACUGAUGGAAAUUUAAUGGCUUCUGCCUCUGUAGAUAAUACAGCUAUCAUAUGGGAUGUUGGUAAAGGACAGAAAGUUUCCAUAUUUAAUGAGCACAAGAGUUAUGUACAAGGAGUUACCUGGGAUCCCUUGGGUCAAUAUAUUGCUACUCUGAGCUGUGACAGGGUGUUGCGGGUAUACAGCACACAGAAGAAGCGUGUUGCCUUCAACGUUACAAAGAUGCUGUCUGGGGUGGGAGCUGAAGGCGAG